AGGAUGAAAUGGCUGUCACGUCGCAUGCAACAGCUCAGCUUGUGUUACCGUUACAGCGUGUGCCCCAAACCCCUCUUCAAAUAAUAUUCCGCACCCGCAAAACCUCUUGCCGCUUCUUCAAAUAACAAUUCCACACCUGUCCCCGAAGAAUCACCAUAUAUACACAUCGAAUUCUCCGGCGACACACCCCACCACUUUUCCAUCGAGAUCUCCGCAUUUUCCCACCAGAUCCGCUGGAUUAUCCGGAUACAUAGAUCAGUGUGUGAUGGCUCCGGUUUCAGCUCUUGCCAAGUACAAGCUCGUGUUCUUGGGCGAUCAAUCGGUUGGUAAAACCAGCAUCAUCACUCGAUUCAUGUACGAUAAGUUCGAUAACACGUAUCAGGCUACUAUUGGUAUUGAUUUUCUAUCAAAGACAAUGUAUCUGGAAGAUCGGACAGUUCGAUUGCAACUCUGGGAUACUGCUGGUCAAGAAAGGUUUAGGAGCCUUAUUCCAAGCUAUAUUAGGGAUUCCUCUGUUGCAGUUAUUGUGUAUGAUGUUGCAAGCAGGCAAUCAUUCUUGAACACUUCAAAAUGGAUUGAAGAGGUUCGCACUGAGCGAGGCAGUGACGUUAUAAUUGUCGUUGUUGGGAAUAAAACUGACCUUGUGGAUAAAAGGUAAUGAUUUGUUUUAGUUUAUUCUGA